GCAUCAGUUACAUUCAGCUGCUGUAAAAAAAACAUCACUACGCCACAAUCAUGAAGGUCUUAUACGUCGCAGCUUUAAUUGUUGCUGUUGUUGCUGACCAAGCACCUUAUUAUCAGCCGAGUUAUUCUCCCUAUCCGGAAUACAAACCCGAGUACAAGCCGGAAUACAAGCCGGAGUAUAAACCGGAAUACAAGCCCGAAUACAAGCCAGAAUAUCCAAAUCAAAAACCGUACUACGCCGAACCAUCUUACAAGCCAACUUACCCAGAGUAUAAGCCAGCUUAUACCGAGCACAAACCGGCUUACCACGAACCAACGUAUGCCCACCCGGCCCCAGCCUACAAACCCGCAUACAAGCCUGCGUAUCCGGAAUACAAACCGACUUACUCGUCUCCACCACAGUAUCCUUCAUACGCCCCAACAUAUCCAGUCAAAUAUUAAAAAACAGCAGCGUCACUCACACUGUUCGUCAUGUAAAUUUAUCUGUGAUGAAUUUCAUCUUUCGUUUCAAUAAAUCUUUCGUCAAUAUCAA